GCGAAUAUCCACGCCUCAACCAAGCUUGCCCCAACACACAUCACAACUUCCCACCAGCAGAGCCAGAAUCCGUCCCCAACAACUCAACCUGUACCUGUUCUGCAGCCGCAUCAUGCCCUCCAUCACCAGCUUGUGCUGCGCCCUCUGGGGAGGACUGCUGUUGUUCUCCUUCUGUCCGCAGGGCUAUGGCCAAGUUGAGCUCCCCGCCUUGCCGUACGGGGAGUCUGACCUUGAGCCGUACAUCACCGAGGAGACCGUGAGCUUUCACUACGGAGCGCAUCACCAAGGAUAUGUGAACAACAUGAACGCUUUCAUCGAGGCUGAUCCUGAUCUCGAGGGCCUUUCCCUCUCGGCGCUCAUGAACCAGACCGAGGGGACAAUUUUCAACAAUGCUGCCCAGAUCUACAACCACAACCUCUACUGGCAAUCUCUUUCGCCUAGCGGCGGCGGGAUGCCGGAGGGGGAUCUCUACACCGCUAUCCUGUCGGCCUUCGGCAGCUACGAGGAUUUCCAGACAGCGUUCACCGAGUUGGCCUCUGGACACUUCGGCAGCGGGUGGGCCUGGCUAAUGAUGCACGAAGAUGGGUCCGUGGAUGUGGUGGACUCGCACGAUGCCUCGAACCCCGAGAGCGACGGACUUGGAUUCCCGCUCCUGGUCUGCGACGUUUGGGAGCACGCCUACUACCUUGACUACCAGAACUUGAGGGCCUCCUACAUCGAGGGUUGGUGGGCUUUGGUCAACUGGGACUACGCUGAGUCCGAGUACACCCGCGUGUUGGACGAGUACAACAACAAAAACUAGUAGCUACUCUCGAACAAGUCUGUGUUUGUCUGUGUGUGUCCUGCAUUGCGUUCUUUCUUGCAACUAGCGGAAUGAUUGCCCCCGUCCUCCCCACACUGCGAAGGAAGUCUGGUCCUUUUGAAAAUUAUCGCGCAGGAAGCAGAUGUGCAACGGUUGAUGUGUCAUCGUGAGGAAAAGCUGCAGUGUAUGAAGGGGGAGGUCGUUGCAAGUUGGUAUUUGAAAAGCAGGCCAUGAUGUAUGUGAAUUGUUCAAAUUCCGCGGCAAGUUCAUGGAAAGUCAAGAUAGAAUAUAUGUUGGAAAACACCGAUGUCCGAUCGUUAUACUAUAAAGAAAACGUGUGCUAGAGACGCAGCGCCCAAGGCUUGUUGGGUUUUCCGACGAAUGUUCUGGCAUAGGUAUUUCCAGCUAGAUAUCCCCGAAUUGGGCAAGACGACGUUGUUGACGCUUUGCGUUGCUAGUUGCCCGUGCGUUGGCGACGCCGAUGCCGACCAUGGUUCUUGAUAAAUAACGUCACGGUAACGGUGCAAAGCAAGCGGUGAAAAAGCGCAGACUCCAUGCCGGGUGAGACAUAUGUGCGAGGGUCUUCGUGUCAUUCGUUGUCGUUUGUGUCGUUAUUGAUGGAUCUCGUGUUUUUUUUGGUCACGGUUUGUCGUCGCGGCGCUCCGGGGUGUAUAGACUUAGAUUUUCGCGAGCUCUCACACUUGCGACGGAGCUAAAAGGGCAUGGGGGUGGAUGCACCGACGAGCAUCGUGCCCUUGAUAAGGAAGAACGGCGAAAGGCUUGCUGCCGAGAGUGGCAGAAAUACCGAAUCGUCAAAAGUGGCCAUAUUUUUAUACAAGUAUAUGUUUCCUAAUAGGUCCAAUAGGUUAUUCAUCAUGUAGUAGACCCGGCGCUCGCAUUUUGAAGUGGCAGAAGAAUUGCAUAUUGUAACGACGCACGUAUCGUAUCGAGCGAUGACCGCAGCACGGAGAAGCACAUAUACACAAGAGUUUCGGGUGUCACAUGCAUGCCUCAAUGUUGGAUGGAUAAUUUCCACCAUAAAGUACACAGCAAUUGUUCGAGCUUCGGGUGAUUCUGUUGAAGAGCCGCACUGGGUUGUUGUGAUAUAGCGUACGGGGAUUCAUUCCUUCGCCGGUGACGAUAUUCGAGAAGAGUGAUCAAUGAAAAAGGGUUCCGCCGCAGGGGAAUUUUUCGAAUUCCGACUUGUUUGUCGCAGGCUCGCAAGUAAGAUCAAGUUGCGCAGCGACGCACAGCCUUGAUCUGUGGGCAUUGACAACGAGAUGCGGUAUUUGUUGGGGACAACAGUGGGUCCGCCGCUGUUCUACGAAGCACAUUUUUUGAAAGAACGAAGUCAACGAAAUGUAGACGUAGAGACAAUUGUGCUUCGCCGACAGUGAGCCCUCAG